GCCUCCGCGGCCCCGCCCCGUCUCCCCGGCCCCGCCGCUCCUCGCGGCCUCCGCGUCUUCCUUCCGGGUCGCGCUAGGCCGGGCUUGCGGCGGUUGUGCCGCAGCCAGAGAGUCGGGGAGCCGCCCCCGCACCCAGGCCUUCUCGCGCUGCCUGGUCGCUGGUGAAGCCCGCGGCGCGCGCCUCUCCCGGACCCUGCAGGAUUUUUCUUCCUGGCCUGGUUCCCUUGCCUUCUCCAUUUGCUUCAUUCGCUUGGAUUUUCAAGAAGCUUUGAAGCUGGAUAGGAGUCUCCAGUCUUCCUCUUGAUCCAUAUGUUUCAGGUAAAAGAAUGUCACAUGUCAGCAUUUGUACCUGAAGUCAGCAUGCAAAGUUCAGGGUACAUGGAUGAAUGCCAACUUUUGCAUUUCCCAUGUGUAUCUUGUGACCAUUCUAUCUGGGAACAUCCUUCAAAGAGUUCAUGCAUCUUACUGAGGACACCUGACCUUUUGAAGCUUCAUAAUUCACAUCUAGAUGUCACCGGUCUUUCCCAUGUUAACAGUUCUGACCAUGUUUUAUUAUAUAUGCCUUCGGCGCCGAGCCAGGACAGCUACAAGAGGAGAAAUGAUGAACAGCCAUAGAACUAUAGAAUCAAACAGCCGGACUUCCCCUCUCAAUGCAGAGGUAGUCCAGUAUGCCAAAGAAGUAGUGGAUUUCAGUUCCCAUUAUGGAAAUGAGAAUAGUAUGUCCUAUACUAUGUGGAAUUUGGCUGGUGUACCAAAUGUAUUCCCAAGUUCUGGUGACUUUACUCAGACAGCUGUGUUUCGAACUUAUGGGACAUGGUGGGAUCAGUGUCCUAGUGCUUCCUUGCCAUUCAGGAGGACGCCACCUAAUUUUCAGAGCCAGGACUAUGUGGAACUUACUUUUGAACAACAGGUGUAUCCUACAGCUGUUCAUGUUCUAGAAACCUAUCAUCCCGGAGCAGUCAUUAGAAUUCUCGCUUGUUCUGCAAAUCCUUAUUCCCCAAAUCCACCAGCUGAAGUAAGAUGGGAGAUUCUUUGGUCAGAGAGACCUACGAAGGUGAAUGCUUCCCAAGCUCGCCAGUUUAAACCUUGUAUUAAGCAGAUAAAUUUCCCCACAAAUCUUAUACGACUGGAAGUAAAUAGUUCUCUUCUGGAUUAUUACACUGAAUUAGAUGCAGUUGUGCUACAUGGUGUGAAGGACAAGCCAGUGCUGUCUCAUAAGACUUCACUUAUUGACAUGAAUGAUAUAGAAGAUGAUGCCUAUGAAGAAAAGGAUGGUUGUCGAAUGGACAGUCUUAACAAAAAGUUUAGCAGUGCUGUCCUCGGGGAAGGGCCAAAUAAUGGGUAUUUUGAUAAACUACCUUAUGAGCUUAUUCAACUGAUUCUGAAUCAUCUUACACUACCAGACCUGUGUAGAUUAGCACAGACUUGCAAACUACUGAGCCAGCAUUGCUGUGAUCCUCUGCAAUACAUCCACCUCAAUCUGCAACCAUACUGGGCAAAACUAGAUGACACUUCUCUGGAAUUUCUACAGUCUCGCUGCACUCUUGUCCAGUGGCUUAAUUUAUCUUGGACUGGCAAUAGAGGCUUCAUCUCUGUUGCAGGAUUUAGCAGGUUUCUGAAGGUUUGUGGAUCUGAAUUAGUACGCCUUGAAUUGUCUUGCAGCCACUUUCUUAAUGAAACUUGCUUAGAAGUUAUUUCUGAGAUGUGUCCAAAUCUACAGGCCUUAAAUCUCUCCUCCUGUGAUAAGCUACCACCUCAAGCUUUCAACCACAUUGCCAAGUUAUGCAGCCUUAAACGACUUGUUCUCUAUCGAACAAAAGUAGAGCAAACAGCACUGCUCAGCAUUUUGAACUUCUGUUCAGAGCUUCAGCACCUCAGUUUAGGCAGUUGUGUCAUGAUUGAAGACUAUGAUGUGAUAGCUAGCAUGAUAGGAGCCAAGUGUAAAAAACUCCGGACACUGGAUCUGUGGAGAUGUAAGAAUAUUACUGAGAAUGGAAUAGCAGAACUGGCUUCUGGGUGUCCACUACUGGAGGAGCUUGACCUUGGCUGGUGCCCAACUCUGCAGAGCAGCACCGGGUGCUUCACCAGACUGGCACGCCAGCUCCCAAACUUGCAAAAACUCUUUCUUACAGCUAACAGAUCUGUAUGUGACACAGACAUUGAUGAAUUGGCAUGUAAUUGUACCAGGUUACAGCAGCUGGACAUAUUAGGAACAAGAAUGGUAAGUCCGGCAUCCUUAAGAAAACUCCUGGAAUCUUGUAAAGAUCUUUCUUUACUUGAUGUGUCCUUCUGUUCGCAGAUUGAUAACAGAGCUGUGCUAGAACUGAAUGCAAGCUUUCCAAAAGUGUUCAUAAAGAAGAGCUUUACUCAGUGACUUAAUAUAUGUUCUGUAUUAAAAUUAAUGUGCUUUGUUGGGGUUUAAUUUUGGGAUUGGGUUUGGGUUUUGUUUUUAGUUGUUUUAAUGGUAAGAAUUAAGACAUUUGUAGAUUUUAAAGAAAAAUGUGAAAUUGUCCAUUAAAUCAAGUAAAAAUGUGCACAAAUGUUUUCAUAAAAUACUGCAAGCACUUCUCUUCAAGAAUAUGAGUGGAUGAUAUUAUUUUUACCUUAUGUUAAUCAGUGAUAUGCUUUAGUCAAUAAUAUGAUUGAUAAAAGAAUAACAUGGAAUCAUGCUAACUUAUUUUCAAAGGAACACUGAGCAAUAAAGUAUUGUGGCAUUUAUGCAAAAAA